UUUAGAUGCACGGAGGCCGGGAUGUUGGCGAACUAUGUAUUUUUGAAUUUGGUGUAAACUUGUUGUUAGUGUCGUGAGUUAUGUUGCUAUAUGGUGUAAACCCACUGUUAGUGUUGUCGAAUUAUAUAUUGGCCCUUCUGCCAACUCUGCUCCUGCUGGAAUAAUCGAAAUGUUUGUCAUCCCUAAAUUUUGUAUUGUUCAUUUAAAUUUUACCAGCACAGCAGGAGGGAGCAAAAACGAAUGAAAUAAAAACCUGCGUGAAGCCAUUAUGUGCUUGUCACCGCUCGUAUAAAGCGAAUAUUGCUCGUUUUUAUUCCUUUGCGUCCCUCGGUGCCGGAACAUCUUUUUAUUUCAUUCCUUUGCUAUUUAAACGUAUUUGCACCCAACCCCGAGGCUUAAACAUCACCAACGAAAGCCGGUUAACAGAGAUCCGGACUACAAUAACUAAAACCGGUUAACAGAGGCCCGGUCAACAAAUUUGAUUAAAGGUCGUUAGGCGGGCGUUCACGAGCAUUGAACUGGCGAUUUUGUGAAGCUGUCUCGACGAUUCCUUGAUAGUGAGGCCGCGAAGGUGAAGUGAACGAGGGUGAUUGGGGUAAGUUCGGUGGUGUGUAGUGUGUGUGUUAUAUUUAGUCAACAUAAAGCGCAAUUAGCUGAGCAGGCUUCAUAACGGUAGAAGCGCGUGUCUAAUAGAAAAUAGCGGUUUGCGGCCAUUUUAAAGAACAUGGUUUUAACUCGUUCAGCAUCCAGUAUGCAAGACGAGGACAACAACAGCAACGACGAAGUGAAUACGACUAUGCGUGAACAGGGUGCAGCAAUGAAUUCGCAACAACCAUUGCCACUUGAAACACAAAUGAUUGCUAUGGCGAAGCAGUUGCAAGAGCUUACAAAUGCCAUAGCGAAACUAAGUAAUUUAGGUGAUAAUGCUCCUCCAACCUCUAAUGAGCAAAUGGCUCCCAGCAUCGCUCCCUCUUUAGUAAGUGGUCCUGAGGCAAGUAGCGCUUUAAUUGUAGAAACUUUAGCAGACCUAAACCGAACAUUGGCCAUCACCAGAUCGAAUGCUAGUAAAAAGUUACACGAUCUUCCAGAAUUCGAUGGAAAACAUGAAGCGUGGCCAAUGUUUCGCGAAUCCUUUUAUAUGACCACCGAAGAAUAUGGCUACAACGAACGGCAAAAUAUGCUACGGCUUUAAAAGGCAAUUAGGGGCGGGGCGCGUGAGGUAGUCGAAUGUUUACUAAUCCAUAGCAGCAAUGUACCCCGCGUUAUGGAAGCAUUGCACGAGCGUUUCGGAAGGUCGGAAUUGUUAGUAAAAAGUCAAAUUGCACGAAUACGUAACUUUUCACAAAUCUCAGAAAAUCGUUUAGAGUUAUUGGUACCUUUCGCUACGAAGGUUCAAAAUUUGGCGACCUUUCUAGAAUCUGCAGGGUGUGAGUACCACCUGAGUAAUCCUACUCUUAUGGAAGAACUACUUCUCAAGCUCCCCAUACAGCGGCGUUUAGACUGGGCACGUUAUGCAGCGAAUAUUGUACCGAGACCUACGGGAAGUCACUUCAGCAACUGGAUGCAAGAGCUAUCGCGUGUGGUAAUCGCGGCCGGCAUUACUUCAAGCUCACAAGCGCGUUCAUCAGAAGAAAGAGGCGAAGCUCGAGGAAGGUUUUUUCAUACGGAUCACGUCCAGAGCGCCAGUCGGACUCCAUGUAAGCUGUGUUCGGAGGCACACCAUUUAUCGAAGUAAAAGCGUUUUCUCGAAAUGAAUCACACAUCAAGGUGGAGACUUGUGCGCGAAGGAAAACUAUGUUUUAAUUGCCUGAAGAGUGGUCACAGAAGCAACAGGUGUACGUACAAGCAUAAAUGCUCGGAGCGUUAUUGCUCAAGGAUGGUUCAUGAGCUAUUACAUGCCGACGAAGCUACAAAUACGGGUACGUGCGAGGUACAGUACGAGACUCAACGCUCACAACAGCAGCUGAUUCUUACCAACACUACGAGGCAACCAGGGAGUUCGAAGGUGCUAUUCAAGAUCUUGUCAGUGACGCUGUAUGCCAAUGAAAAGGAGAUACGAUGCUAUGCCUUCUUGGACGAGGGUUCAUCAAUAUCGCUGAUGAACAGGAGUUUAGCUGACAGGCUCGGACUAAAAGGUACGAAAGAGAAGUUGAUGCUGCAGUGGCUUGGAAACAACACGGUAACCAAGUUGGCGUUUGGGGUUGAUAUACAAAUUUCUAACCCUUUGCCCGGAAGCAAAAAAUUCCGCAUGAAGAAUGUCAAGGUCGUCGACGAUUUACAACUCCCCAAGCAAACCAUGGAUAUUUCUGAGCUGCAAUGUAAAUAUAGAUAUACGCAGCAUCUACCAAUUGCAAGUUUUAAUUCGGCGUGUCCUCAACUGUUAAUCGGACUUGAUAAUGCAUACUUGGGAGUAGCGAAGAGAACGAUAGCAGAUGGACAACAAGGUCCAGCAGUGGUCUUAACGAAGCUUGGCUGGCUAGUGUACGGCAAGGGUAGUCAACGAGAAAUCUCCGAAUAUGAGCAGCACCAUUCGUUUUUUGCGCAAGUGGGAAGCGAAGAUACUUUAGAAAAUUUGGUAAGAAAUCACAUCGAAGAUGAUGCCCUGAGCGUUAACUCCGAAGCAAGGCACGUAGACAGCGCCGCUAUAACGAGGGCAAAAGAUCUUCUCGAGCAAACAACAGCGAGAAAGGAGAGACGUUUUGAAACAGGGCUCUUGUGGAAGAGCGAUCAUGUCUUCUUACCUGACAGUAAGCAGAUGGCUAAGAAAAGGCUGUUCGCGUUAGAGAAAAAAUUCGGUCGUCAUGAAGAUUUCUGGAAGCAGUAUACGCAUAUCAUGGAAGAAUACCAGAAGGCUAUGCGUGGCGCUUGAGCGAAGAAGAGGUUCAACAAACGGGAAGUCGAACGUGGUAUUUACCUCACUUCGGAGUUCGCAAUAUGAACAAACCAAAAAAGCUACGGCUAGUAUUUGAUGCCGCUGCCCAAGCAGAAGGAGUUUCUCUGAAUUCAGUCCUGCUCAGCGGGCCAGACUUGUGCCAGUUGUUAACCACGAUUUUUAUGAAGUUCAGACAAAAGGCGAUAGGUGUGUGCGGAGACAUACUGGAAAUGUUCCAUCAAGUGGAAAUACGGCGGGAAGACCAAAACUCACAACGCUUCUUAUGGAGAAGGAAUACUAACGAGGUCAUCAGCGAAUACGUAAUGUCAGUCAUGACGUUUGGAGCGACUUGCUCGCCAUGUUCAGUUCAGUUUGUAAAAAACAAGAACGCGGAAGAGUUUCAAGCAGCCUUUCCCAACGCCGUAAAAGCAAUUAUUGAUAACGACUAUGUCGAUGACUUCGUACACUGCUUUAGCACACCGGAAGAAGCCGUACAAACAACAAAUGAAGUGCGUUGGAUUCAUAAACAAGGCGGUUUCGAUUUAAAGCGGUUCGUAUCGAAUGCCAAGAGUGUCACUGAGCAGUUAAACGGUGAUGCAGCUACAGCAGCAGACUUCAGCCUCGAUAAGGAUGGUUUCCCGAAAGUCCUGGGUAUGUAUUGGGAUACUGCGGAAGAUAUUCUAAAAUUUGCGCUUAUUCUUAGUAAGGUCGAUAAAGCUGUAGUCAAUGGCGAAAGAAGACCCACGAAACGUGAAGCAUUGGGUAUAGCAAUGUCGGUGUUUGACCCUUUCGGCCUAGCAUCGGAGAUUACAUUAGCAGCUAAACUGGUACUACAAGCUGUGUGGAGACGGAAGACGGAAUGGGACGAAAGUAUACCGAAAGAUGCGUACGAAAUGUGGCUAAAGUGGGUUAAAAUGUUGGAGCAAAUUCAAAAUUUAAGCAUUCUACGAUGUUACGACGAGAAUUUCCAGUGGAGCUACACGUGUUCGUAGAUGCAAGCGAGGCGGCGUAUGCAGCAGUAGCAUAUUGGAGAAUCGACGGAUUAGAAGGAGCGACCAAACUGGCCUUUGUAAUGGGGAAAGCGAAAUGCGCUCCCUUAAAACUCACUACGGUUCCACGGUUGGAGCUACAGUCGGCGGUCCUGUGCAACCGCUACGAGUUGGAGACGUCGUCUUGGUCGUCGGUAGCAACAUUCAUCGUUCCCGAUGGCCGAGGGUAAAGUGACUCGAGUGUUUCCUGGCAAAGACUCACAGGUCCGAAGUGCCGAAGU